AUGGCGCCACAUGCGCAGGUGUUUAAAUGCCUUAUUGUAUCAGUAUCACUGUGGCAAGCUGCAUUCUGGAGGGCCGUUGUGAGAAAAAAGGGAAUGCAGAGGGCAACUAAUGUUACCUACCAAGCUUUGAAUAAGAGAGGCCAAGUGGUGGGAACAAGAAGUGGUUUUCGUGGAUGCACGGUCUGGUUAACAGGUCUAUCUGGUGCUGGGAAGACUACAGUGAGCAUGGCACUGGAGGAGUAUUUAGUAUGCCAUGGCAUUCCGUGCUACACGUUGGAUGGUGACAAUAUUCGCCAAGGCCUUAAUAAGAAUCUGGGUUUCACACCAGAAGAUAGAGAAGAAAAUGUCCGUCGUAUUGCUGAGGUUGCUAAACUGUUUGCAGAUGCUGGUUUGGUGUGCAUUGCUAGUUUCAUCUCUCCUUAUGCUCAGGAUCGUAAUAAUGCCAGACGAAUUCAUGAAGGGGCAAGUUUGCCUUUUUUUGAAGUAUUUGUGGAUGCUCCAUUGCAUGUCUGUGAGCAAAGAGACGUUAAAGGACUCUAUAAGAAAGCCAGGGCUGGAGAAAUUAAAG